AUGCCGAAUAACGAUUCUCUCUGUAAAUUUAUCCUUCUGGUUCACGACGUGCGUUCACAUGAGGAUUUUAUCUCAGAAGUUACAAACCACCAAAAAAUAGGCGAAUUAAGAUGCAGGUUGGAGGACUUAAAACGGGUACAAUCGGCGGUAUUAGGCCUUAUGGCUGAACAUAAAUCGGACACUUUAUUAAUUACGGAUGACGCGGAUAGCGAGGAACCUAGCGAACCUGUCGUUUAUAAUUUCAGAGAUACUUUGAAGGAUAUUUUUAAAUUGCAUGGAACUUUCGACGAGCUCAUAAGAAAAGGUGAUGCGGCAUCUCGAUCUUCUUCCCCUACCUUCUCCAACGCAUGCAAUAUAAGGGUUAAAUUGCCUAAAAUAGACCUCCCUAAAUUCAGUGGAGAUGUUACGGAAUGGGGGUCAUUUUUCGACACGUUUUCUAGCCUAAUAGGUAACAACGAAUCGCUAACUGAAUCCCAAAAGUUUCAUUAUUUAAAAUCGUCUUUAGGUGACGAACCAAGGAAAACGUUAGAAAGUCUUAAAACAACCAAUAAUAACUACGCUAUUGCCGUGGAUCUAUUGAAACAAAGAUUUGAAAACAAAAGAUUUAUAGUCAAUAACCACUUAAAAAAUAUUUUCGACCUUCCUCACGUGAAUAAAAAUGAUUCUAAGUCUUUGCGCGGUUUUCUAGACCAAGCGCAAAUUAAUUUAAAUACGUUAAAGGCAUUGGGGCGUCCUGUCGAUCAAUGGGGGGACGUCAUUGUUUACAUAUUGACCUCCAAACUAGAUCAUUUCUCCAGUGCGGCAUGGGAGGAAUCUAUUGAAUUUAACACCAUUCCCGGGCAAGCGGAAUUACUUUCAUUUUUAGAAAAACGUUGCCGAAACUUAGAGUCAAUUAAUUUACACAAAUUUCGUAACGAAGGAAAACCGAUUAUUACUCCCAGACCAAAUGUGAAUGCUUCACUUAAAAGGCAUGUUUUUCAGUCAUCAAAUAUAAACAAAGUCCAUGCUAACAGUAAUCAAUCAAUCCCGUGUUUUAUAUGUUCCCAAAUGCACAAUAUAUUCAAUUGUACAGAUUUUUUAAGUUUGACGCCCAACGAUAGGUUGGAACAAAUAAGGAAAAUGAAUCGUUGUGUCAAUUGUUUAAGAACUAAUCAUUUUGCUAAAAGUUGUUACACAUUAACGCGUUGUAAACAAUGUCAUAAGAAGCACCACACGCUUUUGCACGCGGAAACAAACAAUAACCCGACCAAAAAUGAAAUAAAAGAUAAACCAGAUGAGGAUUCCGAUAAUGCUGAAGACACGUCAAAAUGUAAUUUAGCUAUUACGUCUAGUGUACUUUUGUCCACCGCGUUGAUUCACGUAAAGGGUCCGUCAGGGAAAGUAAAAGAAUGUCGCGUGUUGUUGGACAUCGGGAGUCAAUCUCAUUUUAUCACCGAAGAUUUGUGCAAGGCUUUAGAAUUAAAUAUUAAUAACAUCAAUAUGUCAAUCGUAGGUAUCAACAGCGAGACGAGGCUUUCGAAAUGUGCCGAGCUCGAAAUAAUUAGCCGAGUUUCCGAAUUUCGUGCAGUGGUUAAGUGUUUAAUUAUUCCAAAAAUUACCGAUAAUUUGCCCGCAUUCAAUUUUAAUAUAAACCACUUAAAGUUGCCCAAAAAUCUAAAAUUGGCUGAUCCGAAAUUGCAUGUUUCUGCAACUGUGGAUAUGUUAAUUGGAGCAGAGUUAUUUUUGCACUUGCUGACUAACGGUAAAAUUCAAUUGGGAAAAAAUCAACCAGUGCUUCAGAAUACAGUACUUGGAUGGAUUCUUGGCGGUACUUUGAGGGGCUUAGAAAAUAAUCCUUCCUGUUGUUAUAAAAUCAGUCUGGACGAGAGAAUUUCGCGUUUCUGGGAAAUUGAAACCGUUGAAGCCGCCGACAAACCUAUUAAAAAGGAUUCACAAAGUACGCUUUGUGAAACCCACUUUAAAGAUACCACAGGCCGUUCACCCGAUGGUCGCUUUGUGGUGAGACUCCCCUUUUCGAAGAAUCCGCCGCAAUUAGGAAAUUCCAAAGAGAUGGCCCUAAAACGGCUAUUGUCUAUGGAGAGAAAGUUGGGUCGGGACCGUAAACUUAAUGAGGGUUAUACUUCCUUUAUGAAGGAGUACUUGGCACUUGGACACAUGGAGGUUGUAGAGGAUGAUUCAUCCAGUAAAUCCUUUUACCUUCCUCACAAUUGCGUUGUAAAUCCGAAUAGCUCUUCCACUAAAUUGCGCGUGGUUUUCGAUGGUUCAUGUCCUAGUUCAAACAACUUAAGUCUAAACGACAAUUUAUUAACAGGCCCCGUUUUACAACCCGAACUUUUUACCAUAUUAAUUCAAUUUCGCUUACCACAGUUCGUCAUAACAUGUGACAUAUCGAAGAUGUACCGGUGCGUUUGGGUUCACCCCGACGACCGCAAUUACCAAAAAAUUGUGUGGCGAGAAUCUACUGAACUUCCCAUCCAAACGUACCGACUCAAAACAAUAACGUAUGGUCUAACGUCCUCGUCUUAUCAGGCCAUUAAAUGUGUUCAGCAGUUAGGGUUCGAUGAAAAAGCUUCUUUUCCUUUAGCACAUAAUGUAAUAAACAAUUGCUUUUAUGUCGAUGAUGCAUUGUUCGGUGCAAAUUCAGUAAGCGAGUUAAUCGAAACCAAAGACGAAUUAAAGGCCGUUCUGGCAAAGGGAGGCUUCGAGUUAAGCAAAUGGUCGUCUAAUUGUCCCAAUAUACAAGAAUGCACUCAGCCUACAUCCAGCGGUAAUCGCUUAAUAACGGACAAACAACACAAUAAUAAAACUUUAGGUAUCAGGUGGGAUAACCAAAAUGAUUCGUUUUCCUAUGCCGGGUUUACUUUUUCGGUGACAAAGGUCACCAAACGAUCUGUAAUGAGCGCCAUAUCGCAAUUAUUUGAUCCGCUUGGUUUAGUCAAUCCGGUAGUAACAAAGGCUAAAAUCAUUAUGCAACAGCUAUGGGCUUUGAAACUAAAUUGGGACGACGAAUUACCUGAACACAUGCACAAAAUAUGGGUUGCUUUUGUGCGCGAAUUAGCAUUUCUAAACAACUUUCAAUUUCCCAGACGGGUAAUUUGUAAGGACCCUAUCAAAUUAGAAAUCCACGGAUUUUGCGAUAGCUCACAGCAAGCUUACGGCGCGGCCAUUUUUCUUAGAUCCAUCAAUACUCAGUUAAAUGUAUCGGUACGGUUACUAUGUGCAAAAUCACGUGUUGCCCCGUUAAAGACAAUCUCGCUACCCCGACUCGAAUUAUGUGGAGCGGUACUACUAUCCAAACUUCUCUGCAAACUAUCAAAAACGUUAAGCAUUCUUCCAGAGAACUGUUAUUGCUGGACCGACUCCCAAAUAGUGUUAUCCUGGUUAGCGGCGGAGCCUAGUAACUGGAAAACCUUUGUAGCAAAUCGCGUAUCCGAAAUCCAGGACCUAACGAACGGUUGUACUUGGAAUCACGUGAAUAGUCGGGACAACCCAGCCGAUAUAAUUACGCGCGGUGCUUAUCCAAGAGAAUUAGCGAAACAUCAAUUAUGGUCAAGUGGACCAUCUUGGCUUUAUCAAUUGGAAAUCAAUACCUCUAGGGAACACGAAAAAAGUCUAGCCCAAACAGAGGCAUCGCUUGAAAAACGCACUGUUGUCGCGAUAAACCUGCAACGGAACAAAGACGCUAUGGUCAUUUUCACUCUUUUUUCCACUUUCUCGAAACUGAAAACUUUUGUAGCCUGUUGGAAGCGUGUUAUUAAAAACUUGCAGAAUCGCGUAAAGAAACAACCUGAAGUUACUGGCAAUUUGACAUUAGGAGAAUUAAAAGAAGCCACUACCUCCAUAAUCCGCUUGUUGCAAGCUGAAUCUUUUUCCUCAGAAAUCCGACAGUUAAAGAAAAAUCAAAAAAUCAGUAAUAGUCAUGUCAUUUCCCUUAAUCCCUUCUUAGAUUCAAACGCCUUAAUUAGGGUUGGGGGUAGACUGAGAAAUGUUUCAACCAUGCCUUUCAAUAAAAAAUGUCCUAUUCUACUGCCAAAGCAUCAUGUAACUGAUGUGAUAAUAAAAGAAACGCAUGAACACUUAUUGCACGCAGGUCAAUUAGGUACGCUGGCACAAAUAAGAUUGAACUAUUGGCCUGUAUCCGGGCGUAGUCAAGUCCGUAAAGUUUUACACAAGUGUAUUAAUUGUUUCAAAGUCAAUCCUAAGCCUUACACUCAAAUUAUGGGGAAUUUACCUGAAGAACGGUUAAUGUCAGCCCGCCCAUUUUGUAAUGUAGGAGUGGAUUUCGGAGGCCCUAUAUUCAUUAAAGAGGGAAGAGGUAGAGGAAAAAGAACUGUCAAAUCGUACAUCUGCCUUUUCGUUUGCUUAUGUACCAAGGCAAUCCAUCUCGAAUUAGUAGGUGACCUCACGACCGAUGCAUUUUUUAACGCUUUAAAACGACUUAUUUCUCGCCGUGGUAACAUUUCAUAUAUCAUUAGUGACAAUGCCACGAAUUUCGUAGGUACUAAGCGUGAGCUAAAGGAAUUGUUAUUAGGUAAAGAAUUUCAAAAUAAAGUAAAACAAGAAAAUAUUACGUGGAAAUUCAUCCCUCCGCGUGCGCCCAAUUUUGGUGGUUUGUGGGAAGCGGGGAUUAAAUCCGUAAAAACUCACAUUAAGCGCGUUAUCGGGGAAAACCAUCUGACGUACGAGGAAAUGUAUACGCUCUUGGUCAGGAUUGAGGCUGUCUUGAAUUCUCGUCCCUUGACGCCGCUAUCCAGCGACGUUACUGAUUUGGCCGCCCUGACUCCGGGCCAUUUUCUCGUUGGCCAUCCAUUGACAGCUCCAGUAGAAAGGGACCACACUACCAUUCCUCACAACAGGCUCUCCCGUUGGCAAUUAAUUGAAUCCUGUCGCCAACAUUUUUGGAAGCGUUGGUCCGCGGAGUACCUGACGACGCUGCAAGGGAGAUCCAGGUGGCAGACCGUCUCAAAAAUCGUGCCCGACGUCGGAACUCUGGUACUGAUCAAAGAGGACAACCUGCCCCCGCUUCAGUGGCAGUUAGGGAGAAUAGUGCAAGUGCAUCCCGGUAAAGACGAUCUCGUUCGUGUAGUGUCUGUGCAGUGUCGAAAUGGGAUCAUAAAACGAGCCAUUUCAAAAAUAUGCCCCCUACCGGUCGACAAUGAGAGUGCUAAUUCAGAAACAAUAUGUCGAUCCAGUGUUUAA